AUGCCAGUAUCAGCUCCAUCUCCGCCUCGUCUCCAGUCUCCGUUUAUUCACCGUCCCAUCAAUCUCACUCCUUCUUCCCGUUUCCUCUCUGCGAGAAAUCUCCGGUCGCCGGCAACAUCUUAUCCUCGAAUCAAAGCAGAAGUCGACACGAACACGGUAGUCGCAAUUUCUGUUGGAUUGGCGAGCGUCGCACUGGGAAUCGGAAUCCCUGUCUUCUACGAGACUCAAAUCGACAAUGCCGCUAAGAGAGAGAACACACAACCUUGUUUUCCCUGCAAUGGAACCGGAGCUCAGAAGUGCAGAUUGUGUGUGGGAAGUGGUAACGUGACCGUAGAGCUUGGUGGAGGAGAGAAAGAAGUAUCAAACUGUAUCAACUGUGACGGUGCUGGUUCCUUAACCUGCACCACUUGUCAAGGCUCUGGUGUUCAACCUCGUUACCUUGAUCGAAGGGAGUUCAAGGACGAUGACUAA